AUGGCAUCAUUCAGGACACACUCCGAAAACUGCGCUUCGCCGGCUUCGCCUUGCCUUCGGAUCUCUUGCCCGAUCUGCCGGGAAGAUGACCUGAAACUGAGUGAUUGCUCGGAGGUCGCCAGCUGCCAUCAUCGCUUCUGCACCACGUGUAUCGAAGAAUGGGCCACGCGUUGUUCCGCUUGCCCCCUCUGCAAGCAGGAGAUGAAUGCCUUAGUCACAGCGCAGAGCACAAGGAAAGGGGCCAAGCGCAAAGUCGAACAUCGCCAGCUGGAAGUCGCUGAUUCGGCAGUGAUGGCAGUGGCCGAGCCAGACAUCCGAUGCCAGGUUUGUGGCAGCGACGAAGAUGCGGACGUCUUGCUGCUCUGCGAUCACUGUAACGAUGGGUACCACACCUUCUGCGUUGAUUUGGAUGCUGUUCCAGAAGAAGAUUGGUACUGUCACAGGUGUGAAGCCUCCGUCCGAGCAGUGCAACGGAGGCAGAUGCAUAGUUUGGGCCGGCCACCGGGUCGUGCUUCCUUGAUCCAGCCGAUUGAAGCUGUCGCCGCAUCCGAAGCCCCUCGUCGCUUUCGCCGUUUGAGACGAGCGUGUGAGGACUUUGAUGAGAAUUUGAUGCACAAUUUGAUGCAGGAGUCAGUUGCAUAA